GAGAGACCAUUCGUCGCCGCGGGGGGGGGGAGCAGGAGGACGAGGAGGGCACGGACCACGCGGGCGGGGGAGCGCUGCGGAGGGCGCGCCGCUUCCGGGAGGGGCUCACCUGGACCGGAGCUGCAGCGGACGCGCCGCCGCCGCCACCUGCCGAUGCGGGAGCGGAGGUGACCCGGAGACAUGGCGCUGUGGGGCCGCCUCGCCCUGGUGCUGCUCUGCGGCCUCGUCCUGCCGCCGCCGGGCCCCGCCGAGGGCCCCCCCGGCCCCCACUCGGCCCCCGGGCCGCACCUGGACCAGGCCGGGCUGGAAGAGUUCUGCCACAUCGACCGGCCCCUGUGCCACAAUGAGGACGAGCAGCUUAGCUUCGAAGCCGUGCGCAGCAUCCACAAGCAGAUGGACGACGAUGCCAAUGGCAAUGUGGACGUGGAGGAGAGCGACGAGUUCCUGCGGGAGGACCUGAAUUACCACGACCCCACCGUCAAGCACAGCACCUUCCACGGGGAGGACAAGCUCAUCAGCGUGGAGGACCUCUGGAAGGCCUGGAAGGCCUCGGAAGUCUACAACUGGACGGUGGAGGAGGUGGUGCAGUGGCUGAUCACCUACGUGGAACUCCCCCAGUACGAAGAGACCUUCCGGAAGCUCCAGCUCACGGGCCAUGCCAUGCCCAGGUUGGCAGUCACCAACGCCACCAUGACGGGGGCCCUUCUCAAGAUGACCGACAGGAGCCACCGGCAGAAGCUGCAGCUCAAAGCCCUGGACACCGUCCUCUUCGGCCCGCCUCUCCUCACCCGCCACAACCACCUGAAGGACUUCCUGCUGGUGGUCUCCAUCGUGAUUGGCGUGGGGGGCUGCUGGUUCGCCUACAUCCAGAACCGCUACUCCAAGGAGCACAUGAAGAAGAUGAUGAAGGACCUGGAGGGCCUCCACAGGGCGGAGCAGAGCCUCCACGACCUCCAGGAAAGGCUGCAGAAGGCGCAGGAGGAGCAUCGCUCGGUGGAGGUGGAGAAGGUCACCCUGGAGAAGCGGCUGCAGGACGAGAUCAGCAUCGCCAAGCAGGAGGCCCACCGGCUCCGGGAGCUGCGCGAAGGCACCGAGAACGAGCUCAGCAGGCAGAAGUACGCCGAGCAGGAGCUGGAGCAGGUGCGCAUGGCCCUCCGGAAUGCAGAGAAGGAGCUGGAGUCGCACAGCAGCUGGGCGGCCCCCGGGGCCCUGCAGAAGUGGCUGCAGCUGACCCACGAGGUGGAGGUCCAGUACUACAACGUCAAGAAGCACAGCGCGGAGAAGCAGCUGCUCCUGGCCAAGGAGGGGGCGGAGAAAAUCAAGAAGAAGCGCAACACGCUCUUUGGCACCUUCCACGUGGCCCACAGCUCCUCCCUGGACGACGUGGACCACAAGAUUCUGACGGCCAAGCAGGCGCUGAGCGAGGUGACGGCCGCCUUGCGGGAACGGCUGCACCGCUGGCAGCAGAUCGAGGUGCUGUGCGGCUUCCAGAUCGUCAGCAACCCCGGGAUCCCCACGCUGGUCUCGGCCCUCAACAUCGACCCCACCUGGAUGGGGGGGCCCCCGCGCCCCAACCCCUCCCACUUCAUCAUGACGGACGACCUGGACGAUCUGGACGAGGAGAUGGUCUCCCCCGCCUCCAUGCAGUACGUGGCCUCGCUCUUGGGGCACCCGUGGAGUGAGCGCUCCGGCCCCCCCUCAGAGGACCAGGCCUUCUGGAAGCCCCCCGCUCCCACCUUCCCGAGCAGGAUCGUUCGCCAGCGCCUGGUGGACCCCCAGCAUUCCUUGGGAUCGCAGAGGGAUUUGGCCCGCUCAGACUCGGACUCCUCCAUCCCGCACCUGAGCGAGCUCCCGCGGGCGGCCCUUUCCAUGCCCAAGCUGCGCCCCGCCCUGCUGAGCAAAGCGGCAGAGGAGCAGUCCUCCCAGACGGAGCCCCCGGAGUCGGAGAGCCCGCUGACGAUGACGAAGGUGCCCCGGGCCAACCACCACGGGGGGCUGGAGAAGGCGGCCAGCCUGGGGGAGCUGGGGUCGGUGGGGGCCCGUUCGGGGGACUCCUCUCGGUCACACAGCCCCAGCUCCACCGAGCCCGACACCCCCUCGCCAUCUGCCAACGGCCGCACCGGCCUCUCCCUCCUCUCCGGCAAGGCCAACAGCCGCAUCCCGCACCUGGCGGCCAAGAAGGGCGAGGAGGACAGCGGCUCCACCGGCGAGGAGACGGACUCAGGCGCCGGCAAGAAGAAAUUCCCGCUGAAGAUCUUCAAGAAGCCCCGGAAGUAGCCGGAGGAGACGGAAGGACCGCCCGUGGCUGCCCUUCGCCGGAACGCCUGGGGGGCACAGAGACCCUCUCGCCUGGGGGGCCUCCUGGGG